GGGCAUCUAAUUGCCAUUCCCUGCUCUUCUAAAUGUUCAAAACACGCCCACAGAUGUUUGCUUUUUAAUAGCCCAAACCAAGUCUCAGUGGGCCCAUUCACUGAACCCAACUUUCUCUGAAUGCCAGUUCAAGGACUGGUGUUUGGACGAGCCACAGCAGGUACUUCUCCCUCACCUUGCCCAUCGGGGGAUUUUGCUUUCUGGGGAGGGGGACAGAUGCAGGCCGGUUUGCCAGAAGUGGCCAUUACACAAAAAAGGAGAAAGCCACGGAAGGGUUAGGCUUCUCAUUCCUGGGGGGUCACCUUGGGCUGCUCCCAAGAGGGGCUGAGGAGGGGCUGAGGAGAAGCUGCUGGGAAGGCAGAUGCCAGGAGCUCGUGCCCUGCAUUUGCCUCAAGGGGUGCCCCCUGCUCUCCUCCAUGAGCUCUGAAGGGAGCUUCUUUUGCAUGGCAGAACCUGGCAUUAAAUCCUUCUCUUUUCCCAGCCAUGGCGGGCUGUGGGCAGAGGCAGUACUCCCCCCUGCCCCCCCAUCUAAUGCCUAGAAUUGGUGUUUGCAGGGAAAGCAGCCACCAGUCCGGCGAAGUCUCCAUGGCCUCCUUUUGCCAGGUCCCCUCUGCCACCUCCACUUGGCCGUGCUCCCUCCGUGCGCUUGAAGAACAAAACUUCCUUUUCCAGCUGCAGGCGCCAGAGCAGCCACCUGACAGCACCAAAGAGGGCCUUGAGGUUCCUCUCAUCGCGGUGGUGCAGUGGUCGACCCCCAAGCUACCAUUCACGAGCAGCAUCUACACGCACUACAGGCUGCCAAGCAUCCGUCUUGCCCGUCCCAGGUUUGUGAUGACUGCAGAAUGCGAGUCACCAGUUGUCUUGCAUCGACGCUUUGUAGUCACGUACACACUCAUCAACAACUUGCAGGACUUCCUGGCGGUGCGCUUGGUGUGGACACCAGAAAGUGCUGCUGCAGGGAAGAAGCUGGCCUGCGAUGAAUGCCGUGCCACGCAAGACACUCAAGAUUCAAUUGUGUGCCACACCCCUCUCAACAACCUAGGAUUCUCCCGCAAGGGCAGCGCCCGCACUUUCUGUGUCACAUUCCAGGCCCUGCGUGCUGGCUUAUUCGAGUUGUCCCAGCACAUGAAGCUGAAGCUCCAGUUCACAGCCAGCGUUUCCAACCCACCCCCAGAGGCCCGGCCAGUCUCCCGCAAAAGCAGCCCUGGGAGCCCAGCGGUCCGGGAGCUGGUGGGGCGUCAUCAGGCCAGCCUUGGGCGCUCCCAGAGCUUCUCGCACCAGCAGCCAGCACGGGGACACCUCCUGAGGUACUGCUGCCCCUUGCCCACCCUGCUUUCUUCACGCUCCUUCAGCGAUGAGAUUUUCAUUGUCCUCUGUGGGAACAGCCUGGAAGCCAAGAGAGAAGGGAGCAGCUCCCCCACCCACCCCAAAACCGAGGUACGAACAGCAGUGGAUGUCACCAUUAAAAGGCAAUGCUAGUAGAAGGGUACUUUAGCUGCCAGACAUUCCCAAGCUGGUUUUUCCUUUUCGCACUGGAUUAGGCCACAGGGUGUGACAUGGAAGAUGGCUCCUUCCCAGAGGAGCCCUGCCAUCUUCCUUCUCUCCCAGUACCUGCUGUAUUCUCAGAUGGGAGAGGGCAAGUCUGUAGCCCUCCCCCUACCUCAGCAUCUCAGGCCCAGGUGCCCUUCCAUUGCACUUUAUUUAAUUUUUGUUAUUUAUAUUUUUGUAUUUGCUCAGAAGCAACCCCAACUGUGUAUGUAUGUGCUUGCAAAUAAACUGCACUGGCUGGCCGGCAAACAACAUGGUUUGUGGACCUCUUUGGUGAGGAGUAAGGGGUGUCCUCUGGCAGCAGCCUCUGUCUGUUGUUCUUCCUCUGCUUCUGAACAGAAUGUGAAUUCACCUCAUCUUCCAGAUGUGGUCAGAUAUAAUAGUCAGUGCUGGAUUGCCAUCAGUUGCCUAGAUCCCUCUUUAGUUCCAGCCAACCAAAGCAACUAGCAAACAUACAUUGAGGAAGCUGGUUUAAUUGCAGCUUUGCUCCCCCUUGGAACAGCAAGUGACAUACUAAAUGCUUGGCAGAUAAUCCUCCAUAGGCCAAUUUCUACUGAAGAAGCAUCUCGCUGAGAUGAUCAGAGAGGGUGAAAUGCUUUAGCAUCUUUCAACAACAUGCCAGGCAUUUGUGCAGGACUAGGCCCAUUCCCCCAAAGUGGGGACAAGCAGCAGGGAAGGGGCGGCCUGAGAGGGAAUCGUGGCUG